CUUAACUCAAGCGAUGUACAACGGCGCUUCAUCCAAUUCCGAUUCAAGAUGUCGGCACGCAAGGAGAAACGAGACAUACAUUACUGGCGAAAACAGGCAGCCGCCUUGCCGGAUUAUGUGCCGCCUCGGAAGCGGGAACAGGACUUGCAGCAGCUGCAACAUCGAGCCUCGAUCCUGUGGUCGCCGCAGCUGCAGGAUCAAGAUGACAAGGCUGUUCGCGAAUACCUCGACUAUGCGUCCAGUCGCUAUGAUAUCGAGGAGGAGCAGGCGCUGUUCAUCCUGCGGCGUCACGGAUACGACCUGCCCCUGGCUCAUCGACGCCUGGAGAAGACCGAGACAGCUCGAGGAUGUCGCUACCAUCGCUGGAAGGCCGAGGAUCUCAUCCGUCUUACCAAGGCCUUCGAGCAAUACGGCACCGACUUCGCGAAGAUCCGAAAGGAGCUACCCCAAUUUCCUCUGGCCGAACUUCGGCUGUACUUCUCCUUCAUGUCCUCGGCCUAGGAGACUUCGUGA